UUGACACAACAGACAAUCUUCUCUGACGUUUUUCAAACCAGUAAACGAUGUUGAGGAAGUCUUUAUAAGAUUAUUAUGUAGGAACUGAGUAAGGUUUCAGUGAUCAUUGUUUUGUUGCUGUUUAGACCGUUGAAUUCAUAGAUGACCUCAGUCUAAGAAAAAGGAAACGAACAAGGAAUAAUGUCGACAACAAAUUUCAGUGGAGGUAGAACACAGGGGAAAACAUUCCAAGGACUUUACUGCUCUCCUCCUCUGGUUGAUGUGCUUCAAGAAUCUAACAUUUUUUCUUUUAUAAUCUACAUUCUCCUUUCCAUCACAGCAUUUCUUGGGAACUUUCUUAUCCUCGUUGCCCUUCACAAAGAAUCAUCCCUGCAUCCGCCGUCUAAACUCUUGUAUCGUUGUCUGGCAACAACUGAUCUGUUGGUUGGUCUUGUUUGCCAGCCUCUUUACGCUACUGUUUGGAUAUCUGCGGUUCAGGAACACUGGGGUCUUUGUCGAUACGCAUAUGGAGCAGCCAAGAUCACAGCCAUUGCAUUAUGUGGAGUGUCUUUGAUGACGAUAACUGCCAUAAGCGUGGACAGAAUUCUCGCCCUGCUGUUGGGGCUGAGAUACAGACAAAUUAUAACUUUGAAGCGCACAUACAUAAUUGUAGCUACCUUUUGGAUUGCACCUAGCGUCGCUGCUUUAUGCUUUCUAUUAGAUUACCGUAUAACCAUGUGGUAUGGCAUUAUAAUUAUGCCAUCUUGCCUUGUUAUCUCAGUGGCCUCGUAUAUAAAAUUUUUUUGGGGUCUCAGUCAUCAUCGGGCUCAAGUACAAGAUCAUGUCCAACAACAGCCGAGCCAACCAAAUGCACUGAACAUGGCGCGAUACAAAAAGGCUGUGUACAGUGCACUGUGGGUGCAGUUAGCAUUAGUAGCUUGCUAUGCACCAUACUUUUUAGUGACAAUUGUAGAAGCUUUCUGUAAAACAGAUUCAUCACACUUUAUAGUCAUAAAGGGAGUAGCAAGUGUCUUAGUUUUCUUUAACUCUACUUUAAACCCGGUCCUUUACUGCUGGAAGAUAAGUGAAGUAAGACAAGCAGUAAAGCAGACAAUCAGACAAGCACUUUGCUGUCCAUGGAGUUAGAUCCAAUUGGAGUUACAUUCUUUUUCUUUAUACUAUCAAAUUUGUCUCUUGAAGUCACAAUUAUUAUCAGACAGCGCUCGACAUCUUUUUCAGUUGCGCGUAAACAGCUGAUGGAAAAGCAAUGAAGACACUAACCACACCUUUUUGAAAGAACGUUUCUUGCCAUCAAACUUUAUCAUGAAUACAAUAAGUCAUAACCGACGAAAACGUAUUCAUGCAUUAUACUUUCAUGUUUAUUUCUCGAACGAAUGUUCUAGCGUUUCACUUCUUUUUCUUUUAGGCUGUUGUACAAUCCCUCUUUUUUAGUUCUGAAUUUAAUACCAGAAAGGGAAUAGCUUUUUACUCAGUUAUCGGCUUUACCACAUGACAUGUUAUCUAAAUAUGCUGUUUAUUCUGUCAUUCAGUUCAAAAGUGACCAAAGAAAGUUCCCCCAUAUUGUAUGAUAAAAUAAUAGAAGUUUCCUUUAAGAGCCGACUGUACGUACUUAGAUAAACCUUAACUUUGAGCUUAUAGCGAUAAACAACUAAUUGCGGCCCACAUAUAAUUGGCUUGUAGUUCAGCUGCAAUUGCUAUUCUGAACAAUGGAGAAAAAUUGGGAUAGAACUCUUCUACAAGAAUUAAAUAAAUAGUUUCAUCUUGUUAAUGAUGAAUUUACUCGUUUGGUUGAACUGGUGUAUUUGAU